AUGAUCUUAAGAGAAGAUUUAGUAUAUAUGGCCAAAAUCUGUGAAUAAGCAGAAAGAUUUGAAGAUAUGUUUAACUUUAUAAGGUAAGUGGCUCUAAUGGAACAAGAACUAUUAACAGAGGAACGAAAUUUGCUUUCAAUUUCAUUUAAAAAUUGUAUUGGGAAAUUAAGAACUACGCUGAAAAUCUUAAAAAUUAUAGAUACCAACUUAUUAUAAGAUUAACUUAAUGAUCACUUAAGUUAAAGUAAAUUAAUUGCAAAUUAUAAAUAAAAAAUAGAGGAUGAAUUAAUUUUAUAUUGUGAAGAUUUGAUUAGAGUUAUUGAUUGUAAUUUAGUUAAGAAAUAAUACAAAUCUGUGGAUAUGAUGUUUUUUUAUAAAUUAAAAAGCGAUGCUUUUAGAUAUCUUUCAGAAUUUAAAACAAAUGAUAAAAAAUAAUUUAUGUUGGAUGAAUAUUCAAAAACACAGAAGCAAGUUGAAGAAAUAUUUGAAAAAGAGAUUUCAAAAACUGAUCCAACAUAUUUAGGACUAGCACUAAGUUAAGCAGUAUAUACAUACGAAAUAUUUAACGAUACUGUUAGUGCUUGUAAAAUAGCCCAAAAAGCGUUUGAUGGGGCACUUUCUGAAUUGGAUCAAUUAUCAGAAGAUAAUUAUAAAGAUGUGACAUUAAUAAUGUAGUUAUUACGUGAUAAUCUUGUUCUUUGGGAAUCAGAAUAGAUUAAUGAAUUAAAUAAUAAAGAAAAAGAGUGA